AUGUCCACGAUAUUCAGCGGAGGCACCUUCACGAACACCACGACCGAAAUCGCACUCGCGUGCAUAAUAGCCCCGGUCGCGCUGCUGGUCCUGUACUCGGUGCUCAUGUUCUACUUCACCAACAAGCGGCGUGGAGGAUCGGCGGACUCGGACUCUUUAGCCGUCCGCGAGAUUGUGGGUGGAGAGCCUGGAGAUAGUAGGGAAGGGCUUGCGGUCCCGGCUCCUUUGGUUCCGGCGCAGAGCCGGACGCCGAUUUAUGCUGAGUUUAUGGGAGGGGGGAGGGGGUGGCGCGGAGUGUAG